AUGACCUCCUCCUCCGCCGCCUCCUCCUCCCACCUCCAUAUUACCAUCACCAACGCCUCCUCCACCAUCACCACCAACACCAACGCCACCAAAUCGCAGUCGCAGUCGCAGCACCACCACUCGAGCAGCGUCUCCCCCCGCAGCGGCGGCUCCGGCGGUGGGGGUGGGGGUGGCACGACCAACCAGGCCUGCGCGGCGUGCAAGUACCAGCGGCGCAAGUGCAACCCCGACUGCCCCCUGGCGCCCUACUUCCCCGCCGACCAGCAGCGCCGGUUCCUCAACGCGCACCGCCUCUUCGGCGUCAGCAACAUCCUCAAGACGCUGCGCCGCCUCAAGCCGGAGCUCUGCGACGCGGCCAUGCAGACGCUCAUCUACCAGGCGGAGAUGCGCGCCAUGGACCCCGUCGGAGGCUGCUGCCGCAUGAUCAUCGACCUCGAGCACACCAGCGAGCUCCUGUCGGCCGAGCUCGCCGCCCUGCAACAGCACCUCGACAUGUGCCGCCAGGCCGCAUCCGGCGUGGCCGGCGGGGACGUCAUGGACGGCCCGUGCGCUGACCUGGAGGUCACCUCCUCGAACCACCAGCAGGAGCAGCUGCUCCUCCACGCCGACCAAGAUCAUCAGGUCGUCGACGCGAUCUACGUCGCCCAAGAAGGCGCCGACCCCGUGAUACAAAAUGGCGCCGAUCACGACGACAGCCGGCAACCGCAAUAUCACGGUGGACAGCAGCAGCAACAACAACAGCAGCUGUACGACUAUUUCUACUACGAGGCAACCGGUGCCGGCAGCGAUGAGGCCGGGAGAAAGCCCAGCGGCAGCGGCGUCGACAUUAACGUCGACGUCAUGCAGCAUUUCGAUUACGACUCCAGCUGCGAGGUUGAUGAUCAUCACAAGGUGGAUCAACUGGAGCCGAUGAUCUCGUCCAGCCUCGAAGAGCACUACCAGAUCGGACAGAAGGAGUACGAGAUGAAGGUGGCGUCAUUCGUCGAUGUGUUGGACGUCAGGCCGGAGCUGCAGGCGGUGGACGGGAACGCCGACAUCGGCAUCAAGGAGGAGCUUCAGGAGGAGGAUCCCAAGAAUAACGACGAGGACAUCGCACUACGUAAAGCAGCACACAUGGCUGAGUCGUCACAUUGCAGGCUAGGGUUAGGCUUUUAAGUACACCUCUCUAAUGCGGCAUCAACCCAUUCAUGUGCCUACGUUUGCUUAACUUUUUUUGAUAUAGAGAGAGAGAGAGAGAGAAGCUGUAGAAAGUAUAAUGUUAUUCUUUUUUCAAAUCAGUAGCUGUUCUAUAUUAAUCAACAGUAACACUAUAUUAAUCAACAGUAACACCAGUAUUACAGGAAAUCGCCAAAACAAAAAAGAAUAUAGAAUCCACUCCUUAGAGAAUUGUCCUCUCCAUCCCGUACAUGCCCAAGACGGCCGGAGUUGCCUCCGCUGGAGUUCCACACC